AUUAUGACAUCAGUUAGCUGACAAUUUGUGGAGGCAGACACACGGAAGGAAGAUCCAAACGAAUCGAGAUGGCAGCUAAGUUUAUUGCCCUGCUGUCUCUGGCACUUUUCACCGCCGGCCAAGCGGAGUUCAACUACAACGAAAAGUCGGCGACGGCGGUCAAUUCCUUGGAGCGCAGUGGCUCCAGUUCUGGCGAGGAUUUCCUGAGCGACUACCACACGCCCAGCAACAAUGCCUUGAACUCCCAGGCGACUCCGGAUGGCUAUGACUACGUGGCUCCCAACAGGAAUCAGUUUUCCGCCGGCAGUCGAACCGCCAGUGUUCAGGCCUCGAAUCUGCUGCAGAAUGCGGCAAGUGCGGCAAAUGCCGCAUCCGCUUUGCUGCCCUCGCCGCUGCCAAUCCUUCGCCAGGAGCAGAGCUCCGAGGCGGUGGCCAGCAGUGGACAGCAGAAGGAAAAGGAUGUGGUGCAGGUGGUCCCAACCAUUUUGCGGCAAAGUCAGGAACCGGAGGUCUUCCCACCCGCCAGCUACAGUUUUAACUACGCGGUGAACGACGAGAGCACCGGGGACAUCAAGGAGCACAGUGAAACCCGCGAUGGCUACGUGGUGCGCGGCUUCUAUAGCUUGAUCGAUCCCGAUGGCUACAAGCGAACGGUGACCUACACGGCGGACGAUGUCCAUGGCUUUAACGCGGUGGUCAACCGAGUUCCCUAUGCCCUCAAAACUGUGGUGGUUCCAGUGGCCGCCAAACCCAGUCCCUUUGUGGCUCUCGACGAGCGCUCCAAGUCGGAGGUUACCCGAUCUUCGGCUGAACUUGGUUCGGGAUCUGGCUUGACUUCCGGCUUGUCUUCUGGAUCAUCCUCCGGCAGCUCUUCCGGCAUUUCUUCCGGCAUCUCUUCCGGUUCCGGAGUGAGCAACUCCUUCGCCGAGGAUAGCUACGCCAACGCCCCACGGGGACUGGACUCCUCCGGCGGUCCCUACGCCUGAGUCCUGCUCAUCUGCUACGCACUGCUUGUAUAUUCCUUCAUCGUGCUCCAUCUACUACUAGUUUUCUAAGUUGCAAAUACAAAAUAAAAACAUAAAUGA